AUGUAUAAGUAUUUGAUUCUAUGUCUGGUUAUUGUGCUCGGGGAAGACGUGAAGGGGUUCAGCAUCCAGCAAAGGCAGCAAGGAGACGCUUUCGCACUUCAGUGUAUGGCGGAAACAGGUGCAAAUCCGGUCAAGGUGGGGCUUCUGAAAAUUGGCGACUUUUCUGCCGAUGAUCGUAAGUCUCGUUGUUUCAUGAAAUGUUUCUUCGAAAAGGAAGGUUUUCUGAACAAAACCGGUGACCUACAGGUGGAAAAUAUAGUGCAAGCUCUUUCCAACGACUUUGAACGAUCGAAAGUGGAAGCAGUUAUUGCUGAAUGUUUGAUCCACGAAAAGGAUAAUUGCGAUACGGCAUUCCGUGUCUAUGAGUGCUUCUAUAAACAUCGAGAAAGUCUGUGA